AUCUGCUCUUUUCUUCUCCCCUGUAGCUCCCGAAAUCCCCCCCAAGCUGCCGGCAACAAUUUUUGAGAAAAACUGGUAAAAAAGCUUGGAUUUUCUCCUUAUUUUCUUGUCCAAAAACCAGAUUUGAGCUUAGAAACCUCCUCCCCCUGCUGGAAAAUCCGGAUCUGCUCUGCUCCUCCUCUUCACCGCCGGCUGCUCCUGCUUUGUGGGGUGUGUUUUGCUCCGGUUUUUGGUAAGAAAUAGCCAUGAAACUCCCUUAUCCAGCUUUAAUUGCCUUGGGUUUACGUUAAUUGCUCUUAUUUCCUUCAAUUUUUGGAUGGAUUUCCCGUGAGCUUCUUCUCCAAAUUCCCGCCGGCAACUUCCCCAACUGCAGCUCCAGUUUUAGCUGGAGAAUUCUGGUAUGUGGCAACCCUCCAAGCCCCCGAAUUUGUCCAUUUGUUUGCGUUUAAUUGCUGCCCUAUUGUGUGUCCGAAUUGUGCUGGAAAAAUGGGGGAAUUCCGAGAAAUCCCGUGAAUUAGCCAUGGUUUUGCCAAUUUUGGAAGUGUAGUUACUGUUCAUGGCACUGUUUACGGAACUGUUCACAUAUUACUGUUCACACACCGAGGUCGACAAUUAACGGGGAUUUCAAUGAUUAGUUUGUAAUAUAAGAACAAAUUUGGAGAUAUCUGAUCAUGUGGAGAUUGAUAGAAAUAGCAUCGUGAUUAGGGGGUAGUCAUGGUGAUUUUACUUUGAAAUUGUGAUAGUACGGUAUUAAUUCUCAGAUAUUUUGAUUAGGUUCUUGAUCGUUCUGUCAGUUUAGCACUAAGAUUGAGUCUUCAGUUUUAUGUGAGUGAGGUAAGUAAAUUUAUGGUAAUCCCCGUAUAGUUUUUAAAAGCAUGUUUUAAUUUGUUUUUUGAAGUGGUGGCGGGACUAAACCCGUUUUACACGAGCAUAACUGAUUUGAAGUGAAAUUUGAUGCUUUUUAUUAAAUUGAGCAUGCCUACUUGAAAUUUAAUUGAUUGUUUUGAUGAUUUGAAAGUGAUUGGUGAAUUAUGAUUUUUUUGUUAACUUCUGCCUGUUUUGUCUCCGAUGUGGUUAUGUUAUUGAUAACCCUGUUAGUGGGGGUUAAACGCUAGCACAUGUCAACAUGUUACUGAUAGAACCGGUUCAUUUCUGUUGCCUUGCUACUGGGGAUUAUACACCAGCAAAUACUGUAGCCUACCAGUGGGAGGUUUAUAAUACUGGCCGUGACCUAUAGAGGAGACAUCUAUUUCGUUCUCGCACUGUAACCGUUUUUCGUGAUUAUACUUGUUGGCAUGCUAUAAGUUUAAUAAGGGGCACUCCAUAUUUUACUUACUGAGUUUAUCUCAUAGUUUUUUCCUUGUCCACCAUUUCAGGAAGCGAAAUCGAGGACGGGGAAACCACGGGAAGUGACGAGUUAGAAGGCUAGCUAUUUCGAGAUUGAUAUAGAUUUUAGAAAUAGAUCAUGAUCUUGUAAGCUAAAUUGUAUUUGGAGAUUUUAUGAUAUCAAAGUAGAUUUAUAAU